CUUCGUAGAGUGUUCCAGGCAGAAAAUUGAAAAGAAUUUGGGAACGAAGACUUGAAUGAAACUGCUGGAACGGAGAGUGUGGGUGGUGUGAGCAGAUAGCGACGAUAUGGUUCGCCAGGAGAUCUGAUUGGCUGCCAGUGGACCAUGAUCAAGUGCUCACAGAACCCACGGGAACGCGCAUAUAAGCCCGUUCUGUGGGAGCGGUCGGCACAUCCUCAACUGAGCCUACACUUCGAGCAUUCUCCAGUACUGUUCCAGCUAACGGCAAAUAUGAUCACACUGAAGUUCGGGACUUUUCUUUUAUCAUGUGUGCUGAUCUUUUGUCAGAUGUACAUCUCACAGGCAGCUCCGUCCAGUCGUGAAGACCCCAACGCUGAUGGAGUCACUCUAUCGAAUGAUGAUAUUAUGAAGUUAUUAAGAGCUAUUAAAGAGUUCAUGCAGCUGGCUUCAGACGAACAAGAACGUCAAACAGCUGAUGGAAGCAGCAACACGACAGCACAGAAGAGGGGAUGCAACACGGCCACCUGCGUCACGCACCGCUUGGCCGACUUCUUGAGUCGUUCCGGGGGGUUGGGCCACCGCAACUUCGUGCCCACCAGCGUGGGGGCGCAGGCGUUCGGCAAACGGAGGCGACGCAGCCCCGAGUGAGCGCACGAGCGGGAACACGAAUUGAAGCGCUGCGUCGUCGUGGCUCCUCAUCACACAUAUGGACGGAUGUUUUUUGUUCUCGGACCAUUGCUGGUGUUCAUUGUUAGCCUGUAGUUCAACACACCCAUGUAAAUGAUACUGGCAAACAUGAUCAGAAUGAGCGUUAAAGAUGGCGGCUGGACUGUAGCUCAGCUGCCCUCUGAUCCUGUGUGAGCGGUAUCAUGUGUCAGACUUGAAGUUUAACCGUCAAAUAUACUAUGGCUGUCUUGUGCCUUCAAAUAAAGCAUGCCAUUAUAUAUAAUCAUAGUGCACACUGCAAAUGCUACAGUAAAACCUGUUUAUGACUGUCACUGUGUAAUAUAAUCUGUGUAAUAAUUGUGAGCUGAAAGCAGUAAUAAAUUGUAU